AUGGGCAUCUUCGACUCCCUCAACAAGUCCGUCGCCUCGUCCUUCGUCGGUCGCUACUUCAAGCUCGACGACGGCAGCGGCCGCAAGGGCAUCCGCCCCAACACCUCGUUCACCACCGAGCUCCGUGCAGGCUUGGCGACCUUUGUGACCAUGGCCUAUAUCAUCUCGGUCAAUGCCAACAUCCUCAGCGACUCUGGCGGCCCCUGUGGCUGCACCUCGUCGCCCGAUACGUGCUUGAAGGAUCCCAACUAUCAGCUCUGUCUCAAUGAUAUCAAGAAAGACUUUAUCACCGCGACAUCUGCCGCCGCCGCCAUCGCCACUUUCCUCAUGGGCGCCAUGGCCAACCUGCCUCUUGGCUUGGCCCCGGGUAUGGGCUUGAACGCCUACUUUGCCUACCAGGUCGUCGGCUUCCAGGGCAGCGGCAAGAUCCCCUAUCGCACCGCCGUCGCUGCCGUCUUCAUUGAGGGCAUUCUCUUCAUUGUCAUCUCGCUGCUGGGUCUGCGUCAGCUCCUCGCCAAGGCCGUGCCCAAGUCCGUCAAGAUCGCCACCGGCGCUGGCAUUGGCCUGUUCCUGACCUUCAUUGGCCUCCAGAACUCGGCCGGCAUCGGUCUGGUCACAUACGAUCCCGCAACCCUCGUCACCAUCGGCGGCUGUGCCGACCAAUACAAGGACCCGACCUCCGGCCAGUGUCUCAGCCAUGGCAUGGAAAGCGGCACCACUUGGAUUGGCAUCUUUGGUUUCGUCAUCAUUGCCCUCCUGGCCUCGUUCCGCGUCAAGGGCGGCAUCCUCAUCGGCAUCGUCUUCAUUUCGGCCAUCUCCUGGUUCCGAAACACCUCCAUCACCGCCUUCCCCGCCACUCCUGCUGGCGACGCUGCCUUUGACUUUUUCAAGACCGUCGUUGCCGUUCCCCAGAUCCGCCGCACUGGCCUCGCCAUGGACUGGAACCUUGGCACCUCCGAGGUCUGGGUCGCCCUCGUGACCUUCCUCUAUGUCGAUAUCAUGGACACAACCGGAACCCUCUACUCCAUGGCCAAGUUUGCCGGCUUUGCCGAUGACCGCACCGGCGACUUUGAAGGCUCCUUCUGGGCGUUCUUGGCUGACGCCACGAGUAUCUCGCUUGGCGCCCUCUUUGGAAGCUCCCCCAACACAGCCUUUAUCGAAUCCGGUGCUGGUAUCGCCGAAGGCGGCCGCACCGGCCUCACUGCCAUCACCACCGCUUUCUUCUUUGUCUUGUCCCUCUUCUUUGCCCCCAUCUUUGCGUCGUUCCCGCGUUGGGCCACCGGUCCCGCCCUUAUCUUUGUCGGCGUCCUGAUGGCCAAGGGCUCGCUCCGUAGCAUCAACUGGGACUACCUCCCCGAUGCCAUCCCUGCCUUCCUUACCAUGGCUCUGAUGCCCCUGACCUACUCGAUUGCCUACGGCCUGAUCGCCGGUAUCGGCGCGUACAUUGCCAUCCACGGCACCAUCUACUUGGUCGAGUUGGUCUCCGGCGGUCGCAUCAAGCCCACCGACAAGGAUAUGAAGGAGAUGUGGGGCACCGAAAACAGCUCCGAUAUGCUCCCUCCCUGGAUGAAAGUCUUGCUCCGCAAGUUUGGCAAGCUCAAGGAAACCAACAACGGAGCCCUGCCCGAGUCGAUCUAGAUCUGUCUCCAGAUUGUGGAUGUCCCCACAUAUCUCCCGGUUGAACGCUCUCGGCUUAUGAGCGUUCGUCUCGCCUUCAUCACUCUGCCUUGGCCCCAGCCGCUCCUCACGCCUCUCACCCCUCCCCACACUACAAGACCUCUGGCUGCUA